UAUCAAUACCUAAACCUUGUCAACUUCUUGGAAAAUGGCGUAUGGGGUGGACCGGACCCGCAGCUGGAGAACGAGUGUCAGUGGAAGGGGUACCAGCGAUUCUACCAGCGCGUUGUUUUUCAAGCCAGAAUGUCUGUGGCUCACUCUAUCACAGGGCACCAACGCACGCUUU